GCGCGGGCAGCACCGGGAGCCUCUGCCCGCGCGGCGGGGGGGCCGGGACCCUCCACGCGGCCGGGCGCUUCCCACGCGCGCCCCCUGCCCUCUCCAGGCGCACUCCGAGCCCCCGCCCCACUCUCGCCUCCGCCGGGCCCUCCCCGCCCCGCUCCCGCGAACGGCGAGCCCUGCCCAGCGGGUGGUCCUCGACUCCGCGAGCUCCAGCUUCUCGCGGCGCCCGGGGGCGGGCCGGGGUCGCGGGACCGCUGUCCGCGGGGGUCGCACUCAGCGUCCCGGCGGCCUUGGCGUCUCUCUGGGAAAAGUGCUUCCUCCCGAGUUCCCCUCCCGCCUCCAUUUUCCAUCGAGGCUCGUUUCCCGGUUACUUUGUAAAAGCCCUUUUUCGUGAGCGCGACCAGCCUUUCCCAGAGUCCGCGGGUGUCUGCCUGCUGGAAGCUUGCCGGGGCGCUUCAGCGGGAGACGGCGUGCCGCCUUUUCAGCCGAGCCCUCGGUGUGCGCUGCCCUUGGCGUUUCCUUUCUCAUCAGCUCGGUUCUUUAACCUACGUGUCUUCUCAAAUUGUCAUUUGACUCCGGUUAUGGUGUUUUCUUCCGUUUUGAGAUGGAAGAUUUCGAGUGUUUAAUGGUCAGAUAUUUACCCUCGAGGCUUUUGGCUUUGUGCUGUGUUUUAAAGGGCUUUCCCUAUUCCAAGAUUAGUUUUUAAAUAAACUCUUGUUUUUCUCUGGUACUUGUGAAAUGUUGGCUCCAUCUGGAAUCAUGUUGGUGUGGGGCAAGUUGGGAAUCCAGCUUCAGUGUUGUCUCUAAAUCCUGAUAUUUCUGACACAACCUACUGAAUAAUUCAUUUCUCCAUUGAUUUGGAAAACCACCUUUGUCACGAGUUAAGUUCUCGAGUCUUGGGCCCAUUUCUGGGAUUCAUGGUGCUUUGAUGUGCAAAGGUUUUGAUUUUCAUGCAGCAGAUCUGUGGAUCUCUGCCCCCCAGACUUUAUUCAAGUUCUUUUUAUGAUGUUAUUUUUAAAUUUAUCUCUUAUUCAUUCAUUAGCCGAACGCUUUCAGUAUAUGAUAUUAAAUGAUCUCAUUUUUUUUCUGUCUUUUUUUUGUUUUUUGUCGUAUUUUUUUAAUCUCUGCUUUUGCUUAGCUUUCUGGGAGAUAAGUUGAGCCUUGUGCAAAGAUCUAAGUUUAGACCCCUUGUCCAAGUGCCGGUUACUGGACCAUCUUCCCCGGGAUCCGUUUGUUUAUCGACGUGGCCCUGCUCUCCCCCUUCUAGUCCAGGCCAGCUUGGCUCUCGGCACCACGGCUUUGUGGAUACAGUGGGCAGAAUUAGCAUCACAUUUCUCAGGUUUAUUUUAACCUUGUUUCUUGUUGCCAUCUGUGAAUAGAACCUUUUUCCCUGUGUAUUUUCUGACUCCGUGUUGCUGGGGUGUAGGAAGGCUGUCCACGUGGAUGCAUGUUUGUGAUCAUUUACUUCCGAAGGUUGCAGGGUUGUGCUUUGGGCUUACGGGGUGGCUCAGAAGUGCCUCUUUGGAAGGCGAUUCCACCCUGGUGGGUGGGGCUCCGUGGAGAUGAAGAAAGAGGGGGCAGGCCUUCCAGCAGGAAAACCUGGGGGUGAGGACGGUGAGGAUGAGGGGGGAGACUCUGGGAGCCUCCCACCCCAGACCAGGGACUGGGAGUGUGCCUGUCAUGCCUGUCACUGUGGGCGGGGUCUUUGGAAGAAAGGCUCUUUUACAUCAAGAUCAUCAGCAGUUCCAGCAAGAGCGAUAAGUUACUAAAGCUUAGCUUACAAAACCAAAUAAUAACAAACGUUAAGUUCUGAGCUCUUUGCGUCUCUGCAGUCCCUUAGUCACCACCCGAGCCAGACCUCACUCGGCAGAGUCUCACUGCAGUGUGACCACUGCUGCAGAGAAUAUUGGCCUGUUCUGGUUUGUUUGGGUUAUUCCCUGGUGGGAGUUGCAAAAAACGAAAUUCCUGCAUCUGAAGAAUGACAGUGACCCGUGGGUGGGUGGGUCACUGUUGCGGGCACCCCUGGGGCGGGUGCUUUUUGUACUUGCCGCUGUGUUGGGGGCGGCAUGGCCUCCUUAGGCAGCUCCUCAGAGCCAGUUCUGACCCUUGGUGGUGGUGAUUUCGGCUCUGGGGACAAUCUAAACAGGACUUGUCCUGCCCACCUGUUCGCCCUUCUUGAUGCCUGGAGCUCCGGGCAUCGAGGUGGGGGUGGCCUGGUAAAAGCCAGGUUCAGUGCCCAGGUGGCUCUCUUGUCCUCCCUGUGGUGUCGGUUAGCGGCCUGCAGUGUUUUUUGCACGUCUUUGCAUCUGGCACAGACUCGUUCCAGGAGACCCAGACCUUAUCUACCAAAGUGCAAGUAAAGAAAAAUGAAAAACUAGUUAGUACCAGUUUUUAAAUUUGUUUUCUUUAUUUUUUAUCAGGAUGUAAGUGUCUUAUUCCAUUUGGGUUGCUAUAGCAAAGCACCACACACUGGGCAGCCUGUAAAACAACAGACAUUGAUUUCUCACAGUGCAGAGGCCGGAUGUCCGAGGUCAGGGGGCCAGCAGGGGCGGGUGAGGCCCUCUUCCUGGCUGCAGACUUCUGUGUCCUCACGUGGAGGAAGGGGCAAGGGAGCUCUGUGAGGUCUCUUAUCAGGGGGACUCCACCUUCAUGACCGAAGCACUCCCAAAGGCCCCACCUCAUAACACUCUCACAUUGGGCAUUAGGAUUUCAACACAUACAUAUACAUUUGGGGGACACAGGCCUUCAGAGCAGAGCAACAGGCAUACUUCACGAUACGCUUUUUCCCUUUGGCAGUUUGCAGAGGUCAUCCUAGGCAGAGGUCUUUUGCUUUCGUGCUUCUCUGGGACUCACCGCAGGUGGGAAUCUUGUCGCCUUCUCCCUCUCCACCCCUCCGUGCCUCAGGCCUGUUGGCCGCUGGGUUUGAGUUAAUCCCCUCGGGUGACUGCCGCUUAGUCAAGCGCUCUCACCUGAGAGGAGGUGUGUCUCUCUGUCUUACCGGUGUGGACAAGGGCUCACACCCCGUCGCGCCCCUGAGGUCAUUGUUUGUGAAACAGGAGCAUCGUGGACACACGCCGUAUCCCGUGCUUUUGCUGACCCGUCUGGCCACCGGGCGCAGCCUGAAUCUUGGUCUUAGCAGGUGCCGGACUGGUGUGUGGAAGGACUGUGGCUUUGGCAGCAGCACCAUCCUGGAGCCUGCUUCUGAAACCCCAUGACUCACAUGGGAUUCGAACUCGUGGGCCGAGACUCGAACUCACUGUCUUUUAAUUGAAACCACACACCUAGGCUCAGGACUUACUGAAGCUCAGGUUCUGUAUGUCAGCGGUCCCCAACCUUUUUGGCCCCAGGGACCGGUUUCGUGGAAGACAGUUUUUCCACGGACGGGGUAGGGGGGGAUGGUUCAGGCGGUCAUGCAGGCGAUGGGGAGCAGCAGGUGAAGCUUCGCUUGCCCGCCACUCACCUCCUGCGCUGCGGCCCGGUCCGGUACCUGUCCGCGGCCUGGGGGUUGGGGACCCCUGCUCUAUGUCUCAGCGCAGAAGGAAUUCAUAGUAAGAGGCUAAGUGAUAGGUGAGAAGUGGAAUUAUUUAGAGAGGUACACAUUCCUUAGAAUGUGGUCCGUCUCAAAAGGCGAGAGUGGCCCUGAAAUACGGGAAUAUGGGGUGGUUACUUUUUAUGGGCUGGGUAAUUUCAUAGGCUAACAAGUAGGAGGAUUAUUCCAGCUUUUUCAGGGGAAGGGCAGGGGCCUCGGAACUGUGGGGCCUGUGGGUGUGUCAUUUAGCUGAUGUAUUACAAUGAGCAUAUAAUGAGGCUCUGGGGGGCGAGUCUUCCACCAUCUUGGGCGUAGUUGGUUCUAACCAGUUUUUGUCAUAUCUGACGUCUGUGUUAUUCUUUAAGGAUUGUGCUCUGCCCCCUCCCCUCCUGGUUUCACCUCCCUCCCGGGAGGGCGUGCACUGCCUAAGGGUGUAUCUGCUGCACCUAAAUAUACCAGGUGACUUUCUCACCUGAGAAAGAGCGUACGGGAAACUCCGCUUCCCCAUUGCUGCUGGCAGCAGAUGUUCCCCGGGCACUUGUUGCUGUUGUGAGGGUGGAGUGUGGUCUCAUUGCUCCUGUAAUUUCAUACACUUUUUCAGCAAACAUUGAGCCACUGGCUGCUCUGCUGGGACAGGAAGGGGGGUGUGAGAGCGAUGAGGCAGAGGACCCCAAGGGGGCUCAGGAGGGGCCUCAGCGAGAGGGUGACAUGGCCAAGCACCAGCCGAGGGGCGGGAGCCACCCCAGCCAAGGCGAGGCCCGGGCAGGGCUGGGCAGCCUCAGGAACGGUGUGGGGGCAGGGUGGGGGUGGCCUUGGAGCCGAGAACAGUCACUGCGUUCCCAUGGGGGGGCAGGACAGGACGGUGCUGCCGCGGGCCCAGGUUCUGGAUCAUAUGCAGCUGCCAGAUCAGCUGGGGCAGAACCGGGUGGAGGGCGGGGUCGGUGUUUGAUGUUAAUUGUCUGAGGUGCUAGAGGACACCCACGUGGAGAUGCCCGGUGGGGGGAAGGAGGUCACCAGUUCAGCACACCAAAGGGAGCCCCUGGGCUCCACUGGACAUUCAGGCCUGUGCAGCGGGAAGCAGCUCAGGUCACAGACACGGGCUCGGGCAGGAGCUGGCCUGGCCCAAGGCCUCGUGGCCGGCCACCAGCACCCACUGGGGAGGCUGUGAAUGGGGCGCCUGUGGGUGCUCAUUAUUGGGUCCUGGCCCAGGUAUGGUCAGCCCGUAGUGCAAAUGACUGUCCACCUCUGCUGGGUUCCCAGAGGACCAGAGCUGUGCCGUUAACAAAGAACCCGACCCCCGCUGGAGCCGCCACCGGGGCAGGACCAGGCGCGGCCAGGGCAUCGGUGGGCCCACAGGAGGGCUGUGGUCAAGCCAGGCAUGCAGGGCCUGGCAUGGGGUCCCCACAGGAGCGCGGCCCUGGCAGGACUGUCCACGCCCAGCAUCUCUGGAGGCAGCCAGGCCCGGUGCCUCCCUGGAUGACAGCUUGGCUCCUGUGAGGACGCGCUCACCCGGGCCUGUGCGCGCACUGCAGGCCGUGCCAGUCCCACAGGCUCCUCCGAUUUCCAUCUUCCUCAGAGACCCCAGGGACCAGGUGAUGGCAGCGGCCAGGCUCCUACCGCCACCGGCGGUGCCCCAGGCCAAGGUGACCUUCGAGGACGUAGCCGUGCUCCUCUCCCAGGAGGAGUGGGACCGCCUGGGCCCUGCUCAGCGGGGCCUCUACCGACAUGUGAUGAUGGAAACCUAUGGGAACGUGGUCUCCGUGGGAAUUCCAGGAUCCAAGCCCGAGGUGAUCUCGCAGCUGGAGCGAGGAGAGGAGCCGUGGGUCCUGGACAAACAGGGAAAUGAGGGGCACAGGGGCCUGGGCAUUGGCCGCUCAGACAACUUCACGUGUGACCACAAGACAGCUUGUGUGCAGCAAGACAGCACGUCCUGUCCCUGGGGAUGUGAAAACAAGGAGCAGGACCAGAACAGAGACUUGAGUCUGAGACCGCUCACUUCAGAGGAAAUAUCGAUGAUUCUGAGGAAAACACCUGCCGAGUGGAGCGAUCAGGGAAGCUACGAACCCGAGGAGAGCUUCUGUCUGAGUCCCAGCCACGCUGGCCCCCCUGAAGGCCGGGCCUUGAGUCAGGGCAUGCCUGUUGCUCAGCGACCAUCCGUUCCUGGCGGGGAGAGACCCUACCGGUGCGUGGAGUGUGGGAAGUGCUUUGGGCGGAGCUCCCACCUCCUCCAGCACCAGAGGACCCACACUGGGGAGAGGCCCUACGUGUGUGGCGUGUGCGGCAAGGCCUUCAGCCAGAGCUCGGUCCUCAGCAAGCACAGGAGGAUCCACACGGGCGAGAAGCCCUACGCGUGUCACGAAUGUGGAAAGGCCUUUCGAGUGAGCUCAGAUCUUGCUCAGCAUCACAAGAUACACACGGGGGAGAAGCCACACGAGUGUCUCGAGUGUCGCAAGGCCUUCACGCAGCUCUCCCACCUCCUCCAGCACCAGCGCAUCCACACCGGGGAGAGGCCCUACGUGUGCGGCGUGUGCGGGAAGGCCUUCAACCACAGCACUGUGCUGCGCAGCCACCGGCGGGUGCACACCGGGGAGAAGCCGCACGCGUGCGCAGAGUGUGGCCGUGCCUUCAGCGUGAAGAGGACGCUGCUCCAGCACCAGCGGGUGCACACCGGGGAGAAGCCCUACGCCUGUGGUGAGUGUGGCCGCGCCUUCAGCGACCGCUCCGUCCUCAUCCAGCACCACAGCGUGCACACGGGCGAGAAGCCCUAUGAGUGCAGCGAGUGUGGCAAGGCCUUCCGGCACCGCUCCACCCUCCUGAACCACGAACGCAUCCACACCGAGGAGAAGCCCUAUGGCUGUUACGCAUGCGGCAAGGCCUUCGUGCAGCACUCCCACCUGACCCAACACCAGCGGGUCCACACUGGCGAAAAGCCUUACGUGUGCGGCGAGUGUGGCCACGCCUUCAGUGCCCGCAGGUCCCUGGUCCAGCACCAGCGGGUCCACACGGGCGAGAGGCCAUUCCGCUGUGCACAGUGCGACAAGGCCUUCAGCCUGAAGGCCACGCUGAUCGUGCACCUGAGGACCCACACAGGCGAGAGGCCCUACGAGUGUAGCCGCUGUGGCAAGGCCUUCAGCCAGUACUCAGUGCUCGUGCAGCACCAACGCAUCCACACAGGUGAGAGGCCCUAUGAAUGUGGGGAGUGUGGUCGCGCCUUUAACCAGCACGGCCACCUGAUCCAGCACCAGAAGGUACACAGGAAGCUGUGACCUUGGCCGCACACGAAGCUGCACUCGGGAACUUGGGCACCCAGCCCCAGGAAGCCUCCAGUCCAAGGGAGGUGCCCGUCAGCAUCACCAAGUGUCACUGAGAAACUCAAGGGAAGCACUGACAUGGCUCUGGAAGAACUUCAGAGGAUGCCUCAUUUGUUUCUCUCAACUUCUUGAGGUUACAUUGCAGAGUAAUUACACAAUUGUAGAGAAUUUUGGUGAAGACAGUUAAAAUUCAUUAUUUAACAUUAGUUUAUUAGAAGUGAGGAAGUAAAGGAAGUUACAGCAUAAGGAUUACUGUCACAGUAAAACUUCCUCACAUUCCAAAUAAAGGUUUUUUUCUUAGAACGUUA